CCGGCCGGGCCGCAGCAGCCCCGGCGCAGCGGUGGCGGCUCCCGGCCCCGGGGUUAUGCGCAGGGGCGAUGUUCCUGCCGGCUGGCGCCAGGCUCCUCCCGCGCUCCGGACGGAGCUCCUUCCUCAGCCUCUUCCUGCUGCUGCUGCUGUGUCCCGGUGGCGGGAGCGCGCCGCGCCGCCGGCCCGCGGGGCCGCCCGUGGUGCUGGUUCCAGGGGACUUAGGGAAUCAGUUGGAAGCAAAGUUAGAUAAGCCAUCAGUGGUGCACUAUCUCUGCUCUAAGAAGACAGACAGUUAUUUUACACUCUGGCUGAAUCUAGAAUUGCUUCUGCCUGUCAUCAUUGACUGCUGGAUUGAUAAUAUCAGGCUGGUGUAUAAUCGAACAAGUAAGAUCACAAACCCACCAGAUGGGGUGGAUAUCAGAGUGCCAGGCUUUGGGCAGACGUUUUCCUUGGAAUUUCUUGACCCAAGUAAAAGGAGCGUUGGAAGUUACUUUUAUAUGUUGGUGCAGAGUUUAGUAGAUUGGGGCUACAAACGUGAUGAAGAUGUAAGAGGAGCACCUUAUGACUGGAGAAAGGCACCAAAUGAGAAUGAAGACUAUUUUGUGGCGCUUCGCAAGAUGAUCGAGCUGCUGUACGAGCAGUAUGGGAGCCCUGUGGUGCUGAUUGCCCACAGCAUGGGGAACAUGUACACCCUCUACUUCCUGAACCGCCAGUCCCAGGAUUGGAAGGACAAGUACAUCAAGGAUUAUGUGUCAUUAGGUGCUCCGUGGGGGGGAGUGGCCAAAACUCUGCGUGUGCUGGCCUCAGGUGACAACAACAGAAUCCCUGUUAUCAGUUCCCUCAAGAUCAGAGACCAGCAGAGAUCGGCAGUCUCCACGAGUUGGAUGCUGCCCUACAACUACACGUGGCCUCCAGACAAGGUGUUUGUGAGCACCCCCACAGCCAACUACACACUGAGGGAUUACUGGAAGUUCUACAGGGACAUUAACUUCGAGGAUGGCUGGCUGAUGAGGCAGGACACGGAGCCCCUGGUGUACGCCAUGACCCCGCCCGGCGUGCGCAUCCACUGCCUCUACGGCACGGGCGUGGAAACCCCCGACUCCUUCCACUACGAGAGCUUCCCUGACAGGGAGCCCAAGAUCUUCUACAGCGAUGGGGAUGGUACAGUGAACUUACAGAGUGCCUUGCAGUGUAGAAAGUGGGUGCACAGGCAAGAACAGGAAGUGGUGAUGCUUGAGCUUGCAGGAAACGAGCACAUUCAAAUGCUGUCCAAUGAAACUACGAUCUCCUAUGUGAAAAAGCUGCUCUUUGAUUUGUGAUAACCUUGUGUUGAUAGUUAUUUUCCUCACCUGUGAUGCCUUCCCUUAAAUAUGGGGAAAUGCCUUUUAAUCCCUUGAUAUUUAGAUAUUUGAAUUAUUUAUUUUGCUUUUUUAAAAGGUUGUUUUCAAGUUGCUUGGUAUUCUAAAUGAUUGUUUGUCUCUGAUUUGUGUUCAUGAUGUUUCAUGGUAUUUUCACAUUCUGAAAAUUUUGUCAAAUACGCAUUUUGGUGCCUCUGGUGUUGUGUCCAAUGGUCAUACAGACUUUCAUUUGGACACUCUGCAGCCCCUUGCAUGUACCACAUGAGUCAUAGAUCCCAGAGUUCCUUUGUGUGGUCUUUGCAGGUUUGGAGUGGAAGGCUAGGAAGGAUGGCAAUUUUGGAUGCCCAAGGGAAUGGUAUUAACAAUUUGGCAAACACAGUAAGCAUUUUAAAAGGUCUUGCAUAUUCUGAUCCACAGUUCUCAGUGGAUUAGUUUGUAAAUGUGCAUAUCUACUAGGGAAAAUAGGGAAGAGGUCUGCCUGGAACUGUGCUACCAUUGUAAUCCAGACUUUUAUUUAUUACAGCCUGUGGGGGGGAAAGAUAGAUGUGUGAAUUACUUGAAGCUUCUUUAUUAGGUUCCCUACUGGGUUAUUUUAGAAAGAGGAAAUGGUUUGCUCAUCAACUUCUAGAAUCCCUGAUCACAUACUGUCUGGAGUCUGAGGAGUUCUCAGCCUGUGCUUUAUUUCUCAGUGAGGGAAUGAAGCUAAACUGUGGUUGGUGCUUGUAAUAACUU